CAGGGCGGUGGGCGGGGCCAUGCAAUGACGCCCACCGCGCGUCCUGCGUAGGGUGGGCCGUGUUUCCGGCCUGAGGAGCCUUCGCGUUUCUGGGGCGACGCUUCAGCUGGCAGUUACCUCAGAGCAGGAAUCCUGCGGACCAACUCACUCCGUCUCCAGAGUCACCAUGGGGGCUGUGCUGGGCGUCUUCUCCCUCGCCAGCUGGGUUCCAUGCCUCUGUGGCAGUGCAUCGUGCUUGCUGUGUAGUUGCUGUCCAAACAGUAAGAAUUCUACUGUGACUCGAAUCAUCUAUGCUGCGAUUCUCCUCCUGGGCACAGCUGUGUCCUAUAUCAUGCGGAUAAAAAGUAUAGAAACUGAGCUGAAGAAAAUUCCUGGAUUCUGUGAAGGGGGAUUUAAAAUCGAGGUGGCUGAUUUAAAGGUGGAUAAAGAUUGUGAUAUGCUGGUUGGUUAUAAAGCCAUAUAUCGGAUCAACUUUGCAUUGGCCAUCUUUUUCUUUGCUUUCUUUUUACUCAUGUUAAAAGUAAAAACAAGUAAAGAUCCCAGAGCAUCAAUACACAAUGGGUUUUGGUUCUUCAAAAUUGCUGCCCUUAUUGGUAUCAUGGUUGGAUCUUUCUACAUCCCUGAGGGCUAUUUCACUUCAGUCUGGUUUGUUGUUGGCCUGAUAGGGGCCGCUUUCUUCAUCCUUAUCCAGCUGGUACUCUUGGUAGACUUGGCUCACUCUUGGAAUGAAGCAUGGGUGAAUAAUAUGGAAGAAGGAAACCCCAGAGUCUGGUAUGCUGCUUUACUCUCCGUCACAAGCUUGUUUUAUAUCUUGUCAAUCGUCUCUGCUGGGCUGCUCUACACACACUACACCAAGCCAGAUGGCUGCACAGAAAACAAGGUCUUCAUCAGCAUUAACCUGGUCCUUUGCACUGUGGUUUCUGUUAUCUCAGUCCACCCAAAAGUUCAGGAACACCAGCCUCGUUCUGGCCUCCUGCAGUCCUCUGUCAUCACUCUGUACACCCUGUACCUCACGUGGUCAGCCAUGACCAAUGAACCCGACCGGUCCUGCAACCCCACCCUCUUGAGCAUCAUUUCACACAUAGCUGCACCAACUGUGGCUCCUGCAAACACGACUGCUGUGGUCCCCACCUCGGCUCUGCCGUCAGAGAACGGGUACUCUCUGGACACAGAGAAUGCUUUGGGAGUGUUUGUCUUUGUUAUCUGCCUUUUGUAUUCUAGCAUCCGAACUUCCAGCCACAGCCAAGCAAAGAAGCUGACCCUCUCGGGGAGUGACAGCGUGAUCCUUGGUGAUACAACUGCCAGUGGAGGUGGUGAUGAGGAAGAUGGACAGCCUCGGCGGGCUGUGGACAAUGAGAAAGAGGGAGUACAGUACAGCUACUCCAUCUGCCACCUGAUGUUCUGCUUGGCUUCCUUGUACAUCAUGAUGACCCUGACCAACUGGUACUGCCCCGAUGCCAAGUUCCAGACUGUGUCCAGCAAAUGGCCAGCCGUGUGGGUCAAGAUUAGUUCCAGCUGGAUGUGCCUCCUCCUCUAUGUCUGGACCCUUGUUGCUCCACUUGUCCUCACCAAUCGGGACUUCAGCUGAACUUCUGGUUGCCAAGGACACUGCUAAAGUUCAUAAAGGUCACCUUUGCUGAAAGCUCAUAUCCUUUUAAGUUUGCUUCAACUAAACUACUAAGUGAAUGCUUUGUGAAUUUGCCUAUAUUCACGUUUAUAUCAAAAGGCAAGAUUGAAUAAUGCUCAAUGCAGAAUCUGAAUUUUUCAUUUCUAUGUUUAUUAUGUUUAUUUGUAAGGAUAUAGCACAAAGGGAACAUUUUUAUGCAUUAAAGUGAACUACAGCUGUGCUGUGAAGAAAGUUCUUUAUAAAGACCUAUAGGUUCCUACAGUUUUGAUUUAAAAUACUAGAAGAAUGUUGGAUAUUUGAAGCUAUGGUUAAUAUAUUUCUAUUGAAGUCUCAAAAAGCAAAAAAUAAUGCAUUUAUAUGACAUUUUCCUCUGUGAAGGUCUUACUGUGUGAUAUAAGCACACUGUUCAGUGAGUAAACUCUUCAGAGAUGUAGCAUUGUAGUUCUCGGGCAAGGAUUAUGUAGGCAAGUCCUUCCCCAGAAGAGUGGUUGCUGAUAAGCCUACUGCUUCUACAUCUUGAGUUUUUUAUUUCCUUUUUUUAAUAUGACAGCAUUGAUGCUGCUUCAUACAAGUCUGUGGCUUUGCCAGAUAUGUAAAUUUCAAUAAUUGCUUUGUAGGUUUGAUUAAAAUGAACAUUCAGUUAGGAAAACAUUGUAGUGUAUAUGUAAUCUUGUUAUGAAUAUGUAAAAGUAAAGUGCAUGUAAAUUUAUUAUAUUUGCACUAAAGGUAUUUGAUUAAAAUAGAAAGAUACUAAGCUUUUAAGGCCCUUUAACAGCUUUUUGAGAUAGCAGCCAUUCAUUAUUUUUGGUCAGUCACAAGUUUAUUUGGUAUCUAGCCAGGAAGCUCCUCUUCCUUCUAAAACUUAGUGAGCCAAGUCUUGAAAUCGUUAAAAAAAUCAUCCUGGGGCCAGGGAUUAGCUCAGUGGUUUCGCCGCCUGCUGUGCAGGCGCAAGGACCCAAGUUCAAUCCCCAGUACCAAUAAAUAAAUAAAUAAUCAAUCACUCAAUCAUCCUAAAUACCUUCUCCAGGUUAGACUUUGGUAGAUGAAACACAAUUAAGGUGCUGUCAGGAAACAUUUCCUGACAGGCAGCAUAGAGGGAGAUAAGUAGGUGCAGUGGUGCACACCUGUAACCCCAGCACUUAGGAGACUGAGGCAAGUUCGAGGCCAGCUUGGGAUACACAGUGAGUCCAAGGCCAGCCUGGACUACCUAGUGGGACCUGUAUCAACAAACCAAAAAUAAAGAGAGGUAGAAUAAAAACAGUUCUUUCAAGAUUCACUGAUUUUUCUGUGCCAGGCCCUGUAGGUUCUAUACCUGGAGGUACAGAUAGACACCUCACGAAAAACAUGGUAUACAUAGCUCUUUCACUUGGACUUAGGUUUAGAUGGGAGUGAAAAUGAGCUGAUGGGUGUUUACAGUCUGGUAGAUUAGCACUGUGAUCUCAAAAUGGCAGAGAACUCAAGAGAGGUACCUGGAUAGAGGGUGUCACGGUGGACUGACUGGAGAAAGUGCUACCUAAGCCAGGAACUGUUGUGGGAGUCAGAUAAGAGAGAAGUGGUACGGUGAGAUGACAUUGCCGAAGGAUAGCCAGAGUGACAUGCUAAUAAAGUCAGAGGUCAAGCAGGGAUGGGGGGAAGUAUCAGGGGAUUGAGUGGUGAGGGCUUUAUAACCCGCCCUGAGAGCUUAGACCUUACACGUUGAGGGUGACAGAAAGUAUAUUCAGAGUGACAUGAGCAGACAAUGUCUUUAGUCACUGGCUUCUAGAAAGUGGUUGGAUUUAGAGAUGAUACUGAGAUUUGAAAUAGAGAAGCAGGGGAGAAAUUGACAGCUGAGGGCAACUUGGUAAUUAGAAUUUUAACAUUGGCAAUUAAUUAGAUCUAGGAAAGAAGUUGAUUUCUUCAGUGAUUAAUCAUCCAGGUAGAUGGUAGUUCCACUUAUAGUGGACCCUUGACUUACAAACUGAGUUUGUUCCCAAGGGCUGGUUGUAACUCAAGUUGGUCAGUUGCCUUCAGAGUCUCCUAUAUAAUUUUAGGCCACACUUUCUUCCAGACAGAUCUGUGUCCUUAGAGAGACUGGCCCAGGAUUUCUCAAUUAACCCCACAUAGGAAAAGAUGUAAUGUUUCUUCCAGAACUCUUUAAGGGUUAAAUCUGUAUCCGAGACCAUCUGGAAGCACAAGUGGCCAGCAUAUGGGUCAUAACUCAAGACUUUGGUCAUAAGUUAAAACUAAAAUUCUGGUCACAACCCAAGUUGUUUGUAUGUCAGGCUGGUUGUAACUCGAAGGCCCACUGUAUUUAGAUAGGAAGCAGGAAGAAGCCUGGAUUGUGUUACAGCAAAGAAAGUGGUCCCUUGGGAAUGGUUAUUUGGCUAAUAGUUUAAUAGAUCUUUUGGAUUUCCAUCCCAGCUAUUUUCUAGAUGUUAAACUGAUCGGCUAAUACCGAGUAUAUACUAUGCUUUAUGAUCCUGGACAAAUGGCUCUACAUCUCUUUGCCUCAGUAUUAGUACCUUAUACAUAAGGCUGUUUGAAGAAUACAGCUAUUUUGCAAAAUCCUUAAUCCACUUUAAGCACUCUGACAGUGGCUGCUAAUCUCAGUGUGGGUUAAUAUGAGACUGGUGGUACUCUGGCCAGUGUUGUUCAGAAGUUGAUGGAGGGUGGAUUGGAGGUUGUCUUACAGAAUGAAGAGGGGGCAGUCUCAGUUGGAGGUAGGGAAGUAGCACUCGAUGUGAAUUGUUGGAAGCACCAUUCUUUACUCCAGUGGUUUAUGGUAGGUUCACAUGCAGAGAUAAAGUUGCAGAGGAUUUGCAGGGCAGCUAGGUUUGGCUUUCAGUCUCUCCCGUGUAAAGCAGAUACCCUACUUUUCCUUCACAGCAGGGGAGCCUCAGUAAAAAACACUGAAGGUUCUAAACUUCAAAAAAUUCUAGUGUCCCAUCUCUCCACCUUAUAUAAUUCAAAAUAAAAGCAAUACUAACCUGUAAAAUAAUGUAACAGUCCAAUAAAGUUUUUUACUUUUUUGUCAUGA